AUGUUUGCAGGGAAAAUGCUUAACCCGUUGAAGUUGGAAGAGCAUAACUAUGAAACAUUUAAUAAAGCCUAUAUGAAAUCCAAGCAGAUAUUAACCGAAGGUAUUUCGAUCGAUGAAAUAUCCGACAAGAAUGAUGAACAAAGAAAACAGAUAGCGAUGAAUAAAUAUCGGAUUAGUAUCGAGUAUAUUGAAAAAGCAUUGAAAAUAUUGCCACAUGAGGUACAUCUAGAAAAGCGGAAGGAAGUUGCUAGGAACAGAGAAGCAAUGAAACGGAAUUUAGAAGCAACAAGAGAAAGACUUGGUGAUCUCGAAAAAAUGUUCCCUUCUGUGAGGGCCCGAAAUUUGCUACGUAAACCGGUUCAAAUAGUUCCGCCUUCAUCAAGUAAACCACAAGCAGUGGACAUAUUAAAUAGGCCUGUUGUACCGAGGAAGAGAAUUAUUGAUUCUGCGAAUGCCCGUGUUCGAAAUAAUCUUUUAAAAGGUGUUGAUGACAAAUUUGGUGAACCUUUGUUGGAUGAAAUUCUGAGUCAAGAUGAUGUGAGAAUGAGUGAUAUUAUUGGUGUUGAAACAGCUAAACAAGCUUUAGAAGAAACAGUAAUUUUACCAACCAUUAAUCCUACCUUAUUCUCUGGUCUUCGUAAACCGGCGCGAGGGAUUUUGCUGUUUGGUCCACCAGGAAAUGGCAAAACUUUAUUGGCUCGUGCAGUGGCAGCAGAAUGUGGUUCAAUGAUGUUUCUAAAUAUCACAGCAGCGUCACUUACUUCGAAAUGGGUUGGAGAUGCAGAAAAAAUUGUUCGUGCUUUGUUUCAAAUUGCUCGCAAUGGGCAACCGACCGUUAUAUUCAUUGAUGAAAUUGAUUCAAUUCUUUGCGAACGCAGCGAGAAGGAAACGGAAGUCUCAAGACGUUUGAAGACGGAAUUUUUAAUUCAGAUGGAUGGUAUGUAUUCAACAGAAGAUGAUCGUAUACUGGUGAUUGGUGCUACAAAUCGUCCUAAUGAGCUUGAUUCAGCUAUUCUGAGGCGAUUCCCUAAGCGGAUUCUUAUUGAUGUACCCAAUGCAAAAGCACGCCUAGAAUUAAUAGUUUCUUUGUUGCAAAAAACGAAAACUGCAUUUACUUUAGAUUCUGGACAAAAACAGAUUUUGGUUGAGAAAACUCGAGGAUAUUCCUAUUCUGAUUUGGUCGCUCUUUGUCGGGAAGCAGCCAUGGUGCCGAUCCGUGAUUUAUCUCGAAAAGAUAUCAGAAAUUUGACCGGCACAGAAAUUCGCCCGAUAACACUUAAAGAUUUUAAAAUAGCAAUGAAUGCUAUCAAACCAACAGCAAAUGAAGAAAUGCUGCGCAAAUUUCGGGAAUAUGCAGCAGCAACCGGACAGUCUGAUUGA